AUGGGCAGUCCCGCGCGAAACCUAAUCCAGCAGCUCAUUUUCGGAGGCCCUGACACUUCAGAUGUUGAGGAUAUUGAGGAAACCAUCGACGCGUUGGACGCUGAGCGACCUCAGACCGGAAAUUGGCCUUCAGUUUAUGUGGUAGUGUUGCAAGAAACGAUCAACACGGUUUUCGAGCACGAGAAACACCUACUCACGGAGUACGAGUUGGAUGCUAUCGCGAGAUGGGAUUUUCUGUCAUAUUUUGGCCAGUAUUGUCUAGCUCGCCUGCUCAAUCGUAAGGCCAACCGAUGGCAUACCCUGGCGUCGUUAGACACCUACCAUAAAGAGGUUGGUGGUGAAGAGGGUGUCAAGAAAUGCAUUGCUGGCAUAUGUGUUCCUUUCAAAGACAUGGUCAAGACAGAAUCUGAUUCAGGACUGAAUAUCGAGCAAAAACCUGAGUUUAAGGUUGAAGAGGACAGCAACUUUAUCGACUUGACCCUUCUGUCUGAUGACGAGGAAGUCAAACCUGUCAUCAUGUUGGAUGACGAGCCACCUUACGACGCCUUUCAGACGAACGCAGAAGCAGGCCCGUUGACGCUACCGCCGACAGUAGAGGAAGACUCUGCGCAAAGAAUUUUGAAUUCGAAUCCCGCUCAGCUGAAUCUCGACUUCUUCUGCGAGGACGAGAGUAAGAUGACUCUCCCCGAAAUUUUGGAUCUGCUGCGUAAAGAUCGUCUAAUGUAUCUCGUCAGGCAGACGAAGUGUCCUGUCAACUCCAAGACCACCAAAUCCGUCGUUAUCCAGGCGCUUUUGACCCACGCAUCCACUCAGAGUGUUCUCGACUUUGACGCACACACGUCUCGUAAGGGGAAAGGCAAAGUUACAAAGGAUGGCCUUCGUCAAACUACGCUAUCGUUCGCCCCAUCACGAAAACAAGAGAAAAGGCCCAAAGGCUCUCAGUUGGACAGAUUGCGUGCCAUGGCCCUCAAAUUACUUGGAAAGUGUGUUCGAGUCAACUAUGACUUCUUCCGCCUCGUUCGUAGGCUGCACGUUAUCUACUUUCGGAGCAGCGACCACCCAAUUGGCACGCUCCUCCUCCCAGCUAUCCUCACCCGGUUCAAGAAACGCACGUACGCAGAUUACACUCCGAAACGCAAUAAGUGCAUAUGGUCUUCCAGGGAAGAGUUACUUGAGUAUGAGCAGGCUUUGGAGCUUCGCAUGGUGCUGGAUGAGGCCGUGAACCCGACACCGCCUAAGAGUCGUUGGGGACGGAAAAAGACGAAGACUCCUGCGCCUGUUAAGAAGGAGAAGUUCGUCACGCCCGUUCCUGGGAGACCUGGGACUGCUCCUUUGAAGACUCCAAGGAGUUGUGCCAGCGUGCGCUUCGCUGAAACUCCUGAUGUGAAGCACGAGGAUGGAGAGGUAGUUGCUGACGACGUUGAGGAGGAAGCGCAAGAAGAAGUGGUUAUUACGGAGGAUGAGAAAGUGCUGAAAGCGAGGGCUGUGAAGAAGUAUUACGAAGAUUGGUUGAAGGACAGGUGGUAUGGUUAUCUUGCGGUAAAGCAAGAGCCAGGGCUCCAGCCCAGGGUGCCUGCGCUGGAGCGGUUUGAACCGGGUUGGGUAUUUACCUCCAUGGUCUACAAAGUUGCUAAAGCGCUCGCGACUUUGAAGGAAUACACCUUGGAAGAGGAGGUUCUUGAUGCCCUCUUGGCACAGCGGGUCUGGCGGAGAGGGAAGCGAGCUGCUUGGUACGAUCGACGUGCCCUCAUCCAAACAAACUAUCUGUGCAAAGGGGACCCGGAGGAGCUAUCUAAUGGAAAGAGCAGGGCUACCGUCGAUGAACGUGUUCUUCAACGGGCUGUGCAUGGUCUUCAUGAUGCUCUCAAGGACGACGAUGUCGGGCUAGUUUAUAGACCAGGUUUCGUCAGGCGGCUUCAGAAGCUCGAGAAAAGGUUGAAGAUCGAGCCUGACCUAUGUAUACACGUUACAGGGACAUUAAGAAUUGCGGAAGUAGUCGAGUUUGCCGCAAGAAGAUGUAUCAAGUCUUUGAAGGUCGACUCGAAUGGCAGGCCCGUCAACGAAAGGGAGAACACGUCUGUAGGUGUGGAUUCGUACUUUACAUCUGUUGGAGGGUGCAAGAAGGCGGAGGCGGAGAAAGUUGCUGAGAAAUGGAAGCCUACUGGCAAAUCCGUUUGGGAGGGCAGGGAAAAGGAGCAGGUCACUGUUGAGACGCGAGCCCUUCAGUAUUACGAGGACAUGGGCUUCAAAGGGUUCCAUUCUGAAACGCGCAUAUUGACAACCAUCUUCGCCCUCCUCUUUUGGGACAUGAUCUUCGCCGAUAUUCCGGGGGCGUUCGAAACUCCCUAUCAGUCCGCACCAAUGGAUUUGACGGAAGACUCGUUUUACUAUGCACGGAAGGAGAUGAUCGAACAACGUCUAAGUGAGCUUCGUGAGGGUAAAGCACGGGAGAUUUUGGAAAGACAUGAUGACAAGUAUCGGGCGAAGGAGACUUGGUGUGUUGGUGUUCGGUGGGAUCUGUGUCCGAAGCAGGAUCUCGUGGAGAUUGUUGAGUGUCUCGGUGGCGAGUCUCUAGCUAUCGUUUGUCGACUCUUCUGCGACGACUAUGGUGGCCGAAGUAGUGGCGUGCCAGACUUGAUCGUUUGGAAGGACGGGUUAUGCAAGUUUGUUGAGGUUAAAGGACCUGGGGAUAGGCUGCAGGAAAACCAAAAGGUAGACUCCUUAGUGCCUCUUCUAUCACAUGCGGCUAAAUUCCCUCUUUCGAAGCUUUGGUCUGAUACUCUUCUUCGUGCCAAUACCGAAGUCGAGGUGUGCAAAGUUCUUGAUGCUGCAAAACCCGUGAAGAGCACUCCGAAACGGAAGCGAAAGUCCAAAACGCCAGCCUCCACUAGUAAAUCUAAACGACGCAAGGCUGUCGCGGAUACAUAUUCCGAGGAUGAACAGGAUUACGAUCAACUGGAUCGUCAUCCCAAGUCUGAGGAAGAGGAUGUGUUGCCGCACUAUGACGAUGAACCUCCGCCAAAGAAACGCAGACGCACGGUGGGUUAUGAACGGGAAAUGGAAGUGGAUGAACCGCCGUUGUUCGCGUUUCCGUCGACCGCUACUCCUCCGACGUCGCCUCCGAGGCUUUCGCCGAAAUCGAGGGCGAUACCCGUGAACCAUGCUUCGGAAGUUGAGGUUGUUGCUUAA